AAGUUGUCUAAUAUUUCAGCAUGGCGGCUGUUCAAUAUAAAUUGUCUCGUUGCGUUAGAAAUGGACCUUCUCAAAAGACUCCAGAGGAGUUGAGAAGACUCGAAAAGGGAUUUGUUUUGGAUAAUAUUGCAGUGAGUACGCUGUCGGAUGAUUCUGGACGCGCAAAUCCGAAGAUGAGCACAGCUAUUCCACCUUACAACGCGCAAAUAGACCCGCACACCAAAAACUACUUCGAAAAGAAACUUGUUCAGAGAUUACUAACCAGAACUCAACAGCCACCUCCAGGAGACUCCAUCAGUGGUAAACAAAUGGAUAAAUUUUAUAAUAAAGGAAUGAUGGGGACGUAUUUAAGCUACAGGAAUAGUGCUGGAGCAGGAUAUUCAAGGGCACAGGUUAGUGGGCACAGCUUGUUCUUAGAAGGGCUACCUCCUAUUAAUGGAUGGCAUGGCGCAUUUGGAUUCAGAAGAAACACGCCUUGGCUACGAAGACAACCUUCUGUUUUUAUAGGAAAAGUUGACAGCCGUUCAGUUGUGCCAUAAUAAAAAAAAAGACAGGUAGAUAGCAGAGGAUCAAAGUAAAGGAUUGGGGUUGAAAGGACUCAGUGGUACAUCUCUACCCUAAACAGGCAAGAGUACACCACAGGCCAAGGUUGUGGGGGUUGUUGGUAAUGAUUGUUCAUAGGGUGUUUAGAUUGGUGAUGGGGUGUUAAUUGGUACUCGAUUGGUUGUGGUAGUUGCUGUUGAUGUAGCACCACAAGUGAAUAAGGAGGAAACUUAAAACCAUUGUGACAGAGUCAAAAGAACGUUAUUUUAAACAAAAGUAAAUCGGACUUUAACCUAGUUUUAGUUAGUUUAAUUACGAUUUCGGAUACUAAGGAAUGUUCUUCCUUCAUAUCAAGUGAAAUCUGCAAACAAGUAGUUAAUUAAUUUCCUGGGAUUACAUGAGUAAUGUUAGCAUAAGCCACGUUUUACGGAACAAGUGCGCCUUGGGCGUAUUGUGCGUGGAUUAUUGUAAUACAUGAGGAAUGCAGACUCAAGUAUAAAUAGAGCUUUUCAAGUAAAUUUAGUCAGUAUAGCAAGAGAACUUGGAAGAGCGUCGAACCACAGAUUAAAGACAAAGAACUCGCGUCGUUAGAAGGUACAAUCCUUGCUGUUUAUUACACACAUAUAUCUAACCUAGGAUAAAGUUAAGAUAAUUUUGUGUUAGAUUAUUGCUAUAUCUAGUCAUUAUACUUCGUAGUUAAGUAUCAGAGUAAGUUCUAGUAUUUAAAUCACACGUGAAUAACCUUAAGCGAGUAACAUAAUAAUCAAUUUCACGGUAAUUAACUCUAAACAUAAACAAUAAGGUUUUGCACUAUAAACUCGUAGUCAGGAUAAUUCUCGUCUUAAACAAGUAAAUCUAGCAUCACUUAGCGUUUUCAGUGUUGAACUAACGAAGUUAAACCAUAAAUCUAAGGAUAGUAGUUAAAUCUAGCAUUCAUCGUUUAUUAGCCAUCAUUGGUAAACUCGCGUAUAAACCAAUAGUUUUCAUUCUUAAAAACGUUCUAAACAUAGCUACAGGAACCGCUAUCGCUGUAAACGUUCGUUCAACCUCUAAACUAGUUUGAGUAACCUUCACCACAGGUUAAAAGACCUUUUUAUAGACCUUUUGGUUGUCUUCGUAAACUUUAAUUUGCAAGGUCACGGAUUGACCACGAGGUAAUCAUAUCACUGUUUAGGAUAAAUUCGCAUAACAAUAACUGGUUAAACA